AUGGCUACUCUAGGAAGGCCCCCCGACUCAGAACGCGACACAGAACACCUAAACCCAAGAACUCCUAUGCGACAACAUCCAACACCCGGCCAAUACCCUGUCUCCCCAACACCUCCUAUACGCCUUACACCUCUUGAUGAGAUCAAGGAACUGUUCAGACCUAUGGAGGAAGAAUGGAAGGAGAGAGUCGCACAAUUCGACCAAAGAAUGAACGAAGAUCCUAAUAAUGCCUCACUCCUUGAAGUUGCUGAGUAUAUCGAGACUGCGAUGUUCCUCUAUACACGACAGAAACUUUUCAGACGAAGACUAUGGUACCACUUUAUCGCUGACUUCAAAUUCUUUCCUAUAGAGACAUGGGAAAAAGUUCCUGUACGACUGAAAGCAUAUAUUCGACAAUACCUUAUGCAAGGAGGAGUAUAUGUUAAGCCAUUGCUCCUAGACGAGCUAAGCCAAGUACUCUUCGACCUUGCGUAA